AUGGAAUUCGGUGAUCAUUUUUCCGUUUCUUUUCUUUUCCCAUUCGCCAUCAAUCUUAGGACUUUUGUCUUUAACUCUUGCGUCUUCUUCCUUACUUUAUUCAUAUAUCUCUAUUUGAACUUGUUUAUAUCUAUCUAUCUAUCUAUCUAUCUAUCUAUCUAUCUAUCUAUCUAUCUAUCUCACUCUAUUCGUAUGUACCUCACUCUAUUCAUUUCUAUCUAUCUCUAUAUCUCUAUUUCUCUCUCCCCGAUUAGUCCCUAUCUAUCUAUCUAUCUAUCUAUCUAUCUAUCUAUCUAUCUAUCUAUCUAUCUUCAUAUGUACCUCUAUUCAUUUCUAUCUAUCUCUAUAUCUAUCUAUCUCCAAUUAGGUGAUGAGAGGUUUUCUAUGAACAGAUACUCACUAGACCCUGUUUAUCUAUCUAUCUAUCUAUCUAUCUAUCUAUCUAUCUAUCUAUAUUCAUAUGUGAUCUAUAUUUCUAUCUACAGGUUCAGGACUAAUCGUUACCCUGUUUAUCUAUCUAUCUAUCUAUCUAUCUAUCUAUCUAUCUAUCUAUCUAUCUAUCUCACUCUAUUCAUAUGUACUUCACUCUAUACAUUUCUAUCUAUCUCUAUAUCUCUCUGUCUCCGAUUAGGUCCAGACAUUUUCGUCAUCUCCUUAUCGAUCUACGAGAAGUCCCUAUCUAUCUAUCUAUCUAUCUAUCUAUCUAUCUAUCUAUCUUCAUAUGAUCUCUCUAUCUAUCUAUCUAUCUAUCUAUCUAUCUAUCUAUCUAUCUAUCUCAGACUGUCCAUAUCUAUGACGGUUUGUCGGUCAGUCUAUCUAUCUAUCUAUCUAUCUAUCUAUCUAUCUAUCUAUCUAUCUAUCUAUCUCAGACUGUUAAUAUAUAUGACAGUUUGUUCUGAUCUAUCUAUCUAUCUAUCUAUCUAUCUAUCUAUCUCAGACUGUUCAUAUCUAUCUAUGACAGUUUGUCCGCAUCUAUCUAUUCAUUCUAUCUAUCUAUCUAUCUAUCUAUCUAUCUAUCUCGUAUUCUUUCUUUGGUGUUGCAUUUUCCUUUGUUGUUUCUCUUUCCUUCUUUCUUUUUUUCUUUCUUAUAAGCUUGCAUUUUUAAAAAUAAGUUUAUUCAUUUCUUCAUUCGUUUCUCUCUUUCAGGCUUGUCUUCUCUUUUCAUUCUUUACGCCUUCUUUUUCUUUCUUUGUUCUUUAUUUUACUUGUCUUUUCUUCAUUGUUUUUCUUUGUUUUCUUUCGCUGUUUCACGCAUGCGUGCGUUCUUUAAUUUGUUCUCUUUUCCUUCGUGCCUUUCGUUCUUUCUUUUUUUCUUCUCUUAAUCAUUUUAUUAUGUUUUCCUUUGUUUUCUUUCUCUUGACGAUUUUAAUAAUUUUCAUUCUUUCUUUCUUUUUUAAUGUUUUUCUCCCUUUCUCUCUUUAUUUACUUUCUCAUUUUCUUUCUUUGAUUUUGUCUUUUGUUUUUCUUUCAAACCUGCUUGAUUUUUUUUUAAUAUUCCUUUAUUCUUUUCUUUCUUUCUUUUUCUUUCAUUCUCUCUCUUUCUUGCUUUCUUUAUUCAUUUUAUAUUUCCUUUCUUUUCUUUCUUUACGCCUGCCUUUUCUUUCUUUGUUUUUUUGUCUUUCUUUCAAACACGCUUUGUUUAAUAAUUUUUUUCGUUCUUCAUGUCCUAUCUUUAUUUUACGCAUGUCUUUUCCUUGUUUUCUGUCUUUAUUUUCUUUUUUCUUCGUUUCAAGGUUACUAAUGCUUUUCCUUUUCUUUCUUUCUUUCUUUCUUUCUUUCUUAUGA